UUUUAUUUUUUUCCAAACCCGGAAGUAACUGUCAACAAGGAGCAAUAAAUGUUUUAGGACUUCUUUCUUGUUUUUGGACCCUGAGCCCCUGAUGUUGAGCAUCCGUGCCUUGUUUGGGAUUGGUUUCCUGGUGUCCUCCCGAGCCUCUACUGUCCUGUCUCAGCCCGGGACAUGCUCUCUGCCUUCUCUCUCUAAUUCUCACAGAAAAGACUGUUUCAGCAGCAGACCACUGUCCACUAUGGCUCACAACAUCAACUAUCUUGGUCAGGAGGAGGCCCAGCACAUUGACGAGGAGCUCUUCUCUGAGUACGGCUUCAGUGUGGAUCAGCUGAUGGAGCUGGCAGGACUCAGCUGUGCCACUGCAGUCACCAGAGCCUACCCACUGUCAUCCCUGUUGAAGUCCAGACCCUCUCUCCUGGUGAUAUGUGGACCAGGGAACAAUGGAGGAGAUGGAUUGGUCUGUGCGCGACACCUCAAACUGUUUGGUUAUGAGCCGACAGUGCUGUACCCAAAGAGGCCAAACAAGCCUCUGUUUCAGGGUUUGACUACUCAGUGUGAGAAGAUGGAGAUCCCCUUCCUCACAGAGAUGCCUGAGGCUGCAGUGAUAGACGAGGCCUAUAACCUGGUGAUUGAUGCUAUAUUUGGCUUCAGCUUCAAAGGGGCAGUACGGGAGCCUUUUGGGACAAUUUUGGACGCACUGAAGAAGACCACAGUCCCCAUUGCCAGCAUUGAUAUACCAUCUGGUUGGGAUGUGGAGCAGGGAAGCGCCGAGGGACUUCAGCCCGAUAUGUUGAUUUCUCUGACAGCUCCAAAGAAGUCUGCGCAGAUGUUCAGAGGGAGGUACCACUUUUUAGGAGGUCGCUUCGUUCCACCGGGUCUGGAGAGAAAGUAUGACCUGAAUCUACCCCAGUAUCCAGGCACGGACUGUGUGUUACAAUUAUAGAGACCAGAGGGGUGUAUGGCUUAUUACCAGACAUUGUCCCUAAUAAAGCAGAAAUAUACCAUACAGUUAAUAAUACGAAACAUUUGUAUAGCACUUUUUAUGAUACUCAAAUAUGCUUAUUUGGGCUGAAAUCUAUUUAAAUUAUAUUGUCCAUUGAGUUGGAUUAGAAAUCAAGUUGGUUUUGGUGAGCUUCAAAUAAAAACAC